AUGGUGGAAGACCUUGUGGACGGGGCAAGGAGGUUCGGAGAUGGGUUGAAACCGGAGCUGAAAGAUCAUCUAGUGCCGUUGAACCCGAAAGAUUACAAUGAGCUAUAUGAAAGGGCUCAGCUGAUAGAGAGAAAUAUAACCGAAAGGGCCGCUGUAUUUGGAUCGCGAUUUGUGCCAUCUAACAGAAAUAAAUAUAGGUUUGGCAAGAGGCCAAUGUUGGGAGGAAAGCCGACCAUCCCACCUAACCGGAGGAAUACUGUGGGAAAAGCGGCGCCCAACCUCAAUGAUAGGGAGGUCGAGUUUGUGAUUGAGAUAAUCCCCGGAGCAGAGCCUAUUUCUAAAGCUCCGUAUAGGAUGUCGUUAUCGGAAUUGAAUGAGCUAAAGGUGCAGCUGCAGGAAUUGUUGGAUAAGGGUUUUAUCCGCCCUAGUGCGUCACCAUGGGGAGCACCUAUGUUGUUUGUUAGGAAAAAGGAUGGGUCGUUACGCCUGUGCAUAGACUACAAACAACUUAACCAGGUGUUCAAGGAGUAUUUGGAUAGAUUCGUCACAAUAGUUAUUGACGAUAUCUAA